AUGAAAUUGCAAUCUCUAAGACGUGAUUUUGAAACUCUGCUCAUGACAAAUGACGAAUCAAUUGAUGACUUUUUGUCAAGAGCAAUGAAAAUAGUUAGUCAGAUGUGUACCUAUAGAGAGAAAAUUUCAGACGAAACAAUUGUUGCAAAGGUGUUGAGAAGCUUAACUCAAAUGUUUGACCAUGUGGUAGCUGCCAUAGAAGAAGCUAAGGAUCUAUCAAUACUCUCUGUUGAAGAACUGAUGGGCUCGCUUCAAGCUCAUGAGUCAAGAAUCAAUAGAUCAUCCGAUAGGAAUGAAGAAAAGGCACUACAAGUGAAGGAGACAGCAAACAACGAAGAUAACGAAAGAGAAAAUAUUCAUUUAGCAGGUAGAAGUCGUGGAAGAGGAGGAUUUCACAGCUUCAAUGGUGGUCGUGAUAACAAGGGUAGAUGGAGAAAUGAUGGACAAAUGCAAUUCAACGAACAAACAGAAAAUGAAGAAGAAGAAGAAAAGCUUUUUAUGGCGUGUAUUAAUACUAAUCCAAAAAAAGGCACCAAAUCCUUAUUCAAAGAGCUUGAUGAGACGCAAAAAAUUAAGGUUGAACUUGGAAAUACAAAAGAGAUGCAAGUUGAGGAAAAAGGCACAGUGAAAGUCGAAACCAAUCAUGACCCUAUGAGUUAUGAAGAAACAACUGAAAAAGAAGAGUGGAAAAAAGCCAUGGUAGAAGAGGUGCAGUCCAUUGAGAAAAUCAUGGUAGAAGAGAUGUAG